AUGGUUUGGAGUCGUAAAAUUGCAGUAGUCAACCAUUCGCAUCUGUCGAUGCCGCAGAUCUGGAAGUGUCUCCUCGCGUUGGCCACCAUCGUCUCCCAUCAAGGCUCUGCGACCUGCUGCCAGAUUGCCCUGGUCAAGAAUAUCAGCAGUACAAUACGAUCUUCAGGCUACGCUGCGGCGGCAACCCGGAACUGCAUUCAUAAUAGCACAUGGUUGGCAACGCGACGCCAUUGGAGCUGCAAUGUUGUUUCGCUCAAGAUAUAA